UUGUCAUUCGUGCGUUCUGUUUCAUCCGGCAGCGGCAAUACGUAUUUACUUUAUAUUUUUGCAAGAGCAGGAAACAAGAACGUGCAAAGUACAUUUUUUCGUCGCUUGUGAGUCAGCAAAAGCAGGAUUCUUUUGCUGUGAUAUUGAUUAGGCCGUGAUACGCCAACUCAAUCGUUUCAAUCUUCUCAGUUCGCGAUAAAACACUGAGGAAAUGGCCGUUAAAGCAGUUUGCGUUCUUCAAGGAGAAGUCAAAGGAACCUUAUUCUUCGAACAAACAAAAGACUCUGAGCCUGUCAAGGUCACCGGCGAAAUUACUGGAUUAAAAAAAGGAUUACAUGGUUUUCACAUUCAUGAAUUUGGUGAUAACACGAACGGCUGUACAAGUGCUGGGCCACAUUUCAAUCCUAGUGGAAAGGAACAUGGUGGACCAACUGAUGAUGUUCGUCACGUUGGUGAUUUAGGCAACGUCGAAGCUGGCGACAACGGUGUAGCAAAAGUCAACAUAACUGACAAGCAGAUCCAGCUCAAGGGUGCCAAUAACAUUAUUGGGAGAACCCUUGUGGUUCACGCUGAUCCAGACGAUUUUGGCAAAGGUGGACACGAGUUGUCCAAAACUACUGGGAACGCUGGUGCUCGUUUGGCCUGUGGAGUUAUUGGAAUCACGAAGAACUGACUUAAUCGUGAUGCAAAUUCGAAACUUUAAUUGAACAUAUUAUGUAACUAGCUUUCAAUCUUAGGUUGUAAAAAA